AUGUCUGACAACGUAGAAGAACAACCUUCCGGAGGAAUCAAGUUCCCCGAGCAGAUCGACGAUCCCAAGAAGUUCUUCAAGGGUGCGGGCGAACUCAACCAUGAUAACCCCGACUACCUAGAGAGUCUUGGGCGGGUUGAGCAGCACGUGAAGGAGUCGGCAGUCGUCCUCUUCCAGGGCGCUACUCAUGAAAUGAAGCUCUACAUUCACUUGGAUGGGAUAAAGGCAACCGGCGAUUGCAAGCGGAACGGCAUGGGUGGCUUUUUGGGCAAGAGUAUCCGGUCCGCUAUCGAAGAGGUGGGCGUCAAGGGCGGCACGUACAAUGCUCACGUGUCGCCGACAAAGAUCACGAUGACAUUCUUGGACGCAAAGAAGAAGAAAAUUGCCACGUUCGAAGGAGAGGGAAAGGAGGAGAGCUUGACCAACGCUGUCGGCCAAUCUUGGACGGGAGUGUGGGAGCUAGGUGACGCUGAGAGCCCAUUGUAUACGAUGCGCCGCAAGUGA